GAUGCAACCCAACCACAGAUGGUGACAAACAGAUUGAACCUGUAUAUCUCAAUGAUCCAAACAGCACUAAUCUGAAUGAAUCUGAAAUGCAUAACUACGAGAAUAAGGGAAUGUGGAACCCAACCACGGAUGGUGUAAAGCAGAUUGAACCAGUUGAACCUGUUUAUCUCAAUGAUCCAAACAGCACUAACCCAAAUGAAUCUGAAAUGCAUAACUACGAGAAUAAGGGAAUGUGGAACCCAACCACAGAUGGUGUAAAGCAGAUUGAACCAGUUGAACCUGUUUAUCUCAAUGAUCCAAACAGCACUAACCCAAAUGAAACUGAAAUGCAUAACUACGAGAAUAAGGGAAUGUGGAACCCAACCACAGAUGGUGUAAAGCAGAUUGAACCAGUUGAACCUGUUUAUCUCAAUGAUCCAGACAGCACUAACCGAAAUGAAACUGAACUGCAUAACUAUGAGGACAUAAAUUUGGACAAUAGAACUCAGAAUGAAGCAAACCUAUACUGUAGGUUGGAUUUGAACAGUGAAUCAAAGCACCCCAAAGUUGAAGAUGAUAAAGAAACCCCUUAUGCAGAAUCCCCUUUAAAAGAUGUGAAUAAAUCCAAGCAAUAAUAUGUUGGGUUAGGUCCAAAAUAUGGAGUCUAAUUCCAUAUACUCUAUCAAUUACAAUGACUCUUCCCCAAUGCAACCCGUUACAAAAAACUAUCAUCCCAAAGAUCCCGUUGCUGGAAGUGAAGAUAAGAACAUACCUUGCCAGGUACCAAUUAUGAAGACCAAAGAAAUAUAUUCCAUCAAUGAUGAUCAAUACUUUAAUGGUCAAAAUGUAGCAAAAGCCACAAAUCAGAUAGA